ACCAGUUAAAGCUAAAAUUACUCACUUGUCGGAUAUGAAUGAUCUAGUGACUCUCCCAGUUACAUUGUAUUAUAAUAGAAUAUACAUUUCGUAUUAAUAAAUAAUAGUUUUAAUCCCUUAAAAGGCAACACCAAUAGUAUCCGCUAUCCGGACUUGAACGUCAUACAUCCUGACAAUAGUUCCUAUUUCACAGCCUCACCAGGAGGAAGAAAACAAGGAAGUGCCCAGAUGGAGUGUUUGAGUGUGUCCCAAGGAUAGCAUCCGCCCAAUAGGACCAAUAGAGGAUGCUGACCUCCUCCAGGACAAACAACAAUGGGACACUGGAAGUCCGACUGACUCAACACCAGGCUUGUUGGAUUAUUGCAGGAAAAAUAUGUGCACCAUUUGCACAGCUGACUUUGCAAGAUAACUAAAAGUAACCCUUACAUUUCAGGAGCUUGAGAGCCAAAAUAGUAAUAGUUUAUUUCUUUGGGUGUUGGAUAAUGAACAUCCUGUCGAGCCUUGCGUCGUUCGAGAAUCUCCAUGAGCUGCGGAGAUUGUGCCACUGGGGCCCAGUCAUCGCCCUGUCCGUCAUUGCCAUAUGUUCCAGCAUGGCCAUGCUGGAUUCCAUUAUCUGGUACUGGCCUCUGGACACCACUGGAGGCAGCAUUAACUUCAUCAUGCUCAUCAACUGGACCGUCCUCAUCCUCUACAACUACUUCAAUGCCAUGUUUGUCGGGCCGGGAUACAUCCCUCUCAGUUGGAAACCAGAGAAUCAAGAGGAUGUCCAGUACUUGCAGUACUGCAGAGUGUGCCAAGGGUACAAGGCCCCAAGAUCCCACCACUGCCGCAAGUGUAACAGGUGCGUGAUGAAGAUGGACCACCACUGCCCGUGGAUCAACAACUGCUGCGGCCAUCAGAACCACGCCUACUUCACCAGCUUCCUGCUGCUGGCGCCGCUGGGCUGCUUGCACGCUGCCACCAUCUUCAUCAUGACCAUGUACACGCAGCUCUAUGAGAGGAUCUCCUUUGGAUGGAGCACUGUUAAAAUCGACAUGAGCGGCAUGCGUCAGAGCCAGCCCCUCAUGCCCUUCAGCAUGGCCGCCUUUGCUGCAACACUCUUCGCCUUAGGCCUGGCACUCGGCACCACCAUCGCAGUUGGUAUGCUCUUUGUCAUACAGCUGAAAGUCAUCAUCCGAAACAAAACCUCGAUUGAGUCCUGGAUCGAGGAAAAGGCCAAAGAUAGAAUACAGCACUACCAAACCGGGGAGGAGUUCAUCUUCCCGUACAACCUCGGGGGCCGCUGGCUCAACUUCAAGCAAGUGUUCACGUGGUCGGGGGUGCCAAGAGGUGACGGCAUCGAGUGGCCCGUCCAUCCCAAGUGUCACCAGCAUACCUUAACUGUUGAGCAACUGAAGCAGAAGGCCGACAAACGAGUGAGAAGUCAGGUCCAGUACCAGGCCGUGGAGGACUAUAACGGAGCCUGCUGCCCCCUCACCAAGGGGAUCCAGACCUUUUUCCGAACUCCUUGCACAGAGGAGCCCAGGAUCCCCCUCAAGCAGGGCGAUACUAUCCUGGCCACACGUGGCACCAAGUGGUGGAUGUACGGAGAUAAAGUUUUGAACGAGGAGCAAAUGAGAGGUGACCGCAUCAGGGGAUGGUUUCCGAGGCGAUGUGUGGAGAAGUGCCAUUACGACACAGCGUCCAUAGAUGGCACCAGCGAGAAGAAAGUCAAUUAAUUGCCCAUUCUCAUACUGUAUACAUUCAGUGACAUGUCACACCAGAUGCUGCAAGAUCGCUGCAUACAUCAUGUUGGUCGACUUUUCUGUCAUGCAUUUUGAUACAUUUGACAUAUCCGAGCACUAAAAGUACCCGUAGAGCUCCACCGUAGGCAAUCGUGUGGCUUUCCGUCUCACUUUUCUGGCCAAACCCAGCAAGUCUUAACUUCAACCAGUUGCCGCCAGGCUUUAAUGUGAUUGCAUAAUGUCUUUACUUGAAUAUGUUGUUUUUAACGUGUGCCGAUGUUUUUGGCUAAUUAUGCAAUGCCUCUCUGCCCAGCCAACCCCGGGGCAGCGUCAUGCAACUCUUUCUACUGUUCCGAGAUAGCGCUUCAUUUCUUUUUAUUAUUUUUGUAAGAACAAGUUUGAUUGCCUCAAAUUAUAAAACCUGAGAUUUCAGAAACACGCCAUGAGACUCUUUGUCAUUCCUCCAAAUGUUGCUUUUAUUGCCAUUUAAAAGCAAAAAACACAUCUUGUCAUAUAGAGCAUUGGUUUCCAAACUUUUUAUAGUGGCGUACGCAUUCAGACAUUUGACCUGAAGCCAUUCACCCAUCUUUUGAUGUCAAUUAGGUUGAGCUAUUAAACACAAU